AUGCGGUCAGACAUGAGUCACCAGCAGUUGCAGUCUCCUUCGCACGACGACGAGCCAACAGGCAAUUUUAAAUCAACGGCUGUGGAAGAACCUGUUUUCCAGACUCUGAACUUAAGCACCCUUGACGCGCCCCAGAAUAUAAAGAUAUACAAGGGUAUUCAAGGUUACAAUCAAGUGAAAAUUGCCAAGGAAGACCAGCUCAAGACGAACUUUAUGACAGAUUGGGCUGAUCAUUUGAACUGCCUGGGACGAUGUCUGGACCAAUGCGAUAAGUACGGUAUAUCAUUGAAUUUAGAGAAGUGUCAAUUUGGGGUCCCCUCUGGAAGACUCUUGGACCACAUAGUGUCCAGCCGCGGUAUUGCUACGGACCCAAAUAAAGUAACUCGAAUAUUAACUUUACCAAAGCCAGAAACGGUGUCAGGAGUACCUGGCUUUGUGGGCCAUGUCAGCUAUUAUCGGCGUUUUAUUCACUCCUUUGCGGUACUUUGUCAGCCAUUGACAAAUUUGCUAAAAAAACCACUAUUGGAUGGAUCUAGUCCCGUAUGGACGGCAGAAUGCAGUGUUGCCUUUGAGGCCUUAAAGCAAAAAUUGGUGUCUGCACCAAUACUGGUUGCCCCAUGCUGGAAGAAACCAUUUCAGGUUUAUGUCGAUGCAUCCAACAUCGUGAUUGGAUCAAUAUUGAGUCAGAAGGAUGACAAUAACCGUGAUCAUCUAAUAUAUUUUGCGAGUCGACAAUUGGUUAUGGCCGAACGGAAUUAUAAUACUACCGAGUGA